GGACAAGUUCGAAGUCCGGACAUAUUUGUUUUGAAAAGUGAUUCAAUUUGGAUCUCGUUUUCGCUUAGAUUCUUGCUUCCUCGUUAAAACGACGAUCACGUGUGACGUAAAAUUGUUUUCUCACCAUUUUCGUUAUUUCUAUUGCUCUGGUUAUCCUGUUUGCUAUUGUUUUAUUCAAUAGUGAAUUCAAAAUAAAUUAGACUGAAAAUGAAGAGACGACGGUCUGUGGAGCCAAAGAAAAGUACCAGCAAUAAUCAACUAAAGAUUUCGAAGUUUUUUCAUGCCAAUCCCAGCAUUCAAAAUGAUGCAAUCGUGGAAACUAGUACUAUUAAAUCCGUAAAAUCCUUUAAGGUUGGUAUUCCUUUUGGAAUUGAUGUUUUGCAGAAUGAAUCGCCUAUUGCUGAAAAAAACAAUGAAAGAGUACCAUCGAGUGGCAUAUUGAAGCUUACAAAAUUUGUUCAUUCUGAUGACAAUAAUUUGAAUGAAGAAACUCAAGAAAACAUGGACACAGCAGCAAUGUGUUCAUCAGAAGUUAAUUUUUCACCAUCCAAAGUCCAUGGAGACUUACCAAAAACCAUCAGUAGCAGCCUAUUAGAUCACAAAGAAUUAAAUUUGAAAUUGACCCCUCUGGAACAACAAAUAGUUGCACUGAAGGAGAAAUAUCCUGAACUUCUCCUUGUGGUUGAGUGUGGCUAUAAAUUCCAAAUAUUUGGAGAAGAUGCAGACAAAGCUGGAACUAUAUUGAACAUGGCUACUUACAAGAAAAACAAUUUUUUUAGCUGUAGUUUUCCUCUUCAUCGUUUGAUGGUUCACGUCAAGAAACUAGUUACACAUGGAUGCAAAGUUGGAAUCGUUCGCCAGAAAGAAACGACUGCUCUGAAAGCGGUAGGAGCCUCUAAGCAUGCCCCUUUCAAAAGGGAACUAGAGAUUGUUUACACUAAAGCAACGUUAAUUGUUGACGAUGAUUGCGACGGCGUCAUCGACGUCCAAUGUGUAGACAUUCCGCUGUGUAUCAUUUUCGUCGCAGAAGCCUACGCCAAGACCGAUGGGUCAACAGCCCAAAUUGGAAUUUUGGCAUUUUUCACUCAAGACGCAAAAUGUAUUUUUGACCAUUUUCAAGAUGAUUGCGCUCGAAGUCGCUUGGACAGUUUAUUGACACACCUGCAGCCGGCAGAGAUAGUAUUGCCCGAUCAAGGAAUCACUAAUCGAACACUUGAUCUUGUCAAGCAAUUUGCUCUGUAUAAACUGUCUAACGGAGAUUGCAUUCGAACGGAAUUUACCUCACAUUUCCAUUGGGCCAUUGCCUCGGAAAUGCUUUCGAAAGUUUAUGGUGAUGAUGCUGAUAUGAUGGACAAAUUGAAAGAUAUCCCACCCGUAAUUCACUGUUGUAUUGCUAUGGCUCACGAACACUUAAAACAAUUUAAAUUGGAGCAAAUGGUUAAAAUGAUUAACGAUGUGAAACCCUACGAAGCUUUCGAUGACAACGUUUUACAAAUGGAUGGAAACUGCGUGCGGAAUUUAAAUUUGGUACCCUUAACCAAUGAAACUGGUCCACAGCUUAUAGGUUCAGUUUAUCAUGUUCUCAAUCAAACGAGGACGAAACCUGGCGCUAGGCUUUUGCGUUCAUGGCUUUUACGUCCGUUGGCUUGCCGUGAUUUAAUCGAAUCAAGACUCGAAGCCGUAGGAUUUUUCGUUGACCACUUCGAAGAUCCUGAACUAGCACCAUUUAAAAAGUUUCUUAAAUCUCUUCCAGAUUUAGAAAAACAAUUAACUGCGGUUCUUCACUCCAGAUCAAGGCCAAAGGAGUUUCAUGGACUGUGCAAGUCUUGGGAACAACUCACAAUUUUAUGUGUUGAACUUCAAUCUCACUACAAAAAUGUCUUACCGUUAUCUGUUGCACUUUUGAUCAAUUCGGCUGUAGAUUCUUUGAAAAUGGCGCCUUUCUAUGCUGAACAAUUGAGUGACGUUGCUAUUUCCUCUGGUGAAAAAACGAAAUUAUUUAAUCGUCUCGAGGAUUAUCCAGAAAUGAAAAUGUUGUUUGAAAAGAUUCAGCAAACAGAAAGCAAAAUUCAAGCACUGAAACCCUCCAUUUGUAAAAGCAUUGGCUUGCUAGCAUUGAAUUACGUAACCGUAUCUGGCGACGAAUAUCUAAUUGAGGUUAAAAACGCUUUGAUUCGUGCGGUCCCCUCAUCGUGGAUCAAAAUUAGCGCGACGAAGCAAUGUUGUCGCUAUCGAAGCCCUGAAGUCCAGCAACUUUUCGGGGAAUUGUGUUGCCUGAGAGAAUUGUUAAAAAUUUCUGCAGACGAGGCUUGGUUACAAUUUCAACGUCAAGUGUCCACGACAUCGUAUUUCACUUUUAGGAGAGCUAAUAAUGCAAUUGCUACAUUAGAUUGUCUUAUUGCUCUUUCCGACGUGGCAAAAUCCGAAAAUUACGUUAGACCAACGUUCGUAGAUGAAGCUGGAGUAUUGAAUAUCUCACAAGGACGCCAUCCUGUUUUAAGUCGUAUACUCCAGCAAACUUCCAGCGCUGAAUAUAUCCCAAAUGACACAAAAUUGAAUACCGAUGGCGUCCGUUGUAUGAUUAUCACAGGACCUAAUAUGGGCGGAAAAUCCUGCCUGCUUUCACAAGUAGGAAUUCUAGUCGUCCUGGCUCAAAUUGGUUCUUUCGUUCCAGCAGUAGAGACAACUCUUAGUGUCUUCAAAUCCAUUUUUAUCAGAAUGGGACUGCAUGACGAAAUAUAUGCAGGAAGAAGUACCUUUUUUAUAGAAAUGAUGGAAACGUCCGCCAUUCUGAAGAGUUGUACUUCUCGCUCUUUGGUGAUUAUCGAUGAGCUCGGUCGAGGAACAGGAACACAUGACGGUAGUGCUAUUGCGUAUGCAGCUCUUAAAUACCUUGUGAAACAGACGAAAUGUAUCACGCUCUUUGUAACGCACUACCCAGUAAUUGUGCAAUUGGAGGACGAAUUCCCAGGUCACGUGGCUAAUUAUCACAUGGGUUAUAUUUUAGAGUCAGAGAAAGCCGACAAUGUGCAAGCUAAAUGCGAUGAGGAGGCCUUGGUUUUCCUAUAUACACUCACUCCCAGAAAUAGCCCUAAAAGUUUUGCAUUAAAUGUUGCCCGUCUUGCCGGAAUUCCGUCGUCCAUUACUGAUAGGGCCAAAUUGAAGUCGGAAUCAUUCUUUACUGUAGCGGAAUCACAGCGAACCAAAAUUGCGGAAUUCAAACGCAUAUUUUACAAAAAUCAUGAAUAAUCUUCUUGGUACCCUACAUAUUUAUUUUAUAUUUUUUCUUUUUCUCAUUUGUUGCAGUUGGCAGAUUUUCUUUAAAUUUGAUAUGCAAAGUGUAUGAAAAUAUUCCAAAACUGAUUAUACCAAGAUUACUCACCACAUGCGACCA